CUGGGGUCCGUCAGGCCCUACCGACGUAUGGCCAUCAUCUCCACGGGCAAAUCCGACUGGGACAUCGAGGUGACCUGGACCAAGGGCUCCCUCGCCUCCUACCUCUCCCGCGUCAAGACGAAGUCCAAGCCGUGGGGGUCGCUCACCUCCUCUCCUGCUGCCUCUGCUUCCGAUCCAAACACACCACCCGUGAAACCUGUCUCCGGCGUCUUCGCCUCCACCUCCUCUUCUUGGUUGUCGAUCCUCAAUGGUAGUCAUGCCACCCUCUGCGACGAUCCCACUUCCGGGAGCUCGAGUUCACAUGCACCUCCGCACGAAACCGUCCUCGUCUUCCCCGACUACACCCUCGUCACUGGAGUGGGUAGGACUCAGGCGGAUGCGCAGGCGCUGUAUGAUACGGCGCUGGCGCCGGGAGCGAGCCCGGGUAACACACCGCCGGAGAUGGGGACUUGGGUGAUACCGUAUGGGGUGGUGAUUUUGUUGUGCUCCCACAAACGGCGAGACAACCGAUGCGCGAUCGCGGCGAAGACGCUGGAGACGAGCUUUUGCCAGGUGCUGGGAAGCAGGGGGUGGCAGGCUGAUACGAGGCUGGAGGAUCCGACAGUGGAGAUGGGCUCAGACCCUCUCGAAGCCUUUAAAGGAACCGUUGAAGAGAAGGAGGCGCACAUCAGGUCGCAGCUGAAGGGCCUACAGAACGAGAAGCGCGCGCUGAUCCUGAAGAACUCGCACAUGGGCGGCCACAAGUUCGCGGGGAAUUGCAUCGUGAGUAGCGCUGCUGGAGCCUUCUGCUAGCGCCACGCACCUGGAGUGAAGAGGAAGCUGACAUGUGGACGGUGCGAAGCUGACGAACUUUUAGAUCUACACCCCCGCCGGCUUCGGCGUCUGGUACGGGCGGGUGACACCACAUGAGGUGGAGGCCAUUGUGUCGCAGACAAUCGAGGGAGGAAAGAUUUUGCCUAAGCUUCUGCGCGGUGGUGUGAAUAUUUCGAAGCCUGGGUGUCAGUCGUUGAAUGAGUGGUAGGCGAUACAUGGACGAUGGACUUCUGCAUAGUACAGUACAUUCACUACAGUA